AUGGAGGGCUCUCGUAAGAGCCUUGGUAAGCUGCUGCAGCAGCACAAGACGGAACUUCGUUUGCUGCGUACGGAGGCAAAAAAGGCAGUAAGUAAGGCAAAGGCAAAAGGAGGAAAAGGAGCAGCAGAAGAAGAAUAUGCAGAAAAAGAGAGAGAGUUGCUGCUGAGGCAGCAGCAGCAGCUGCAGCAGCUUGCUGCUGCAGCAGAAGAAGAUUCAGAUAUAGAUACACCUGAACUUGACGCAAUAAAACAAGCUGCUGCUGCUGCUGCUGAAGCUGCAGCAGCAGCAACAGCAGCAACAGCAGCAACAGCAGCAACAGCAGCAACAGCAGCAGAAGCAGCAGGAAAUGCUCCUACUGCCUCGAGUUCUCCCGUCACGAAUACACAGACAGACGCUCCGCCUUCAGGUAAAGAGGAGGAGGUAUUAAAGGAUUUAGAGGAAUUAAGUUUAUAUACAACAGGAGGAGAGAAGAAACAAACAAAAGCACAAAGAAGAAGACAAAAAAAAGAAGAAAUACAAAGAGAAAAAGAACGAAUACUUGAUGAAGCUGCUGCUGCUGGUGGCAAAGCUGCAGAAGCAGAAUGGAAGUCUUUAGAGGCGAAGUUAGCAAAAGAAGGUCUCGCCAUCUUCUCCGUACCAGGAGAUGGAGAUUGUCUAUUCAGGUCUAUAGUUCAUCAAUUACAACAGGAAGAAGGGUUUAGGGUCUGGAGUGUUAAGGAAUUAAGAAAAGAAAUUUCUUUUUUUUUAUUAAAAAAAAAAGAUGAAUUUAUAUUCUAUCUAGAUGAAUCUGUACAAGAUGAUGCAGCUUAUGAUGCAUUCUGUAGGAAUAUCCGCGAGAGUAAUGACUGGGGAGGGGAGAUAGAAAUCCAAGCCGCUUCUCAAUUACUUCGUCGUCCUAUAAUUGUUUAUGUUGGCGGCGACCCCGUCACCUUGCUCAACUACGGAGAAGAGUUCAAGGAUUCGCCUCCUUUACGCCUAACCUUUCAUCGUUUGCUGCUGACCUCGGGGCCCCAUUAUAAUUCAGUUAUUAAACAAUCUGCUGCUGCUGCUGCUGCUGCUGCCUUCCAGUGCAGCAGCAGCAGCAGCAUCAGCAACGGCAACAGCAGCAGGCAGCAGGAGGAGCUAGAGCAGCAGCAGACAGAGUAG